GUUCUCCAGCUUUACUUCACAGCAACAUGAACACCUUGUUUGUCGUCGCCUUCGCCUCCUUGGCCGCCCUCACCGCCGCCUCCAGCAUCCACGGCAUCGGAGCCCUGGUCUCCGGCCCCAUCGGCUACACCGGCCUCGCUGGUACCGGACUAGUCCACGGAGGAGCCAUCGCCGCUAAUGCUCUGGCCGCCCACAACAUCGCCGCCAACGCCGCCGCAGCGAACGCCAUCGCCGCCGCCAACGCUCGUGCCGUUGCGGCUAACGCCAUCGCCGCCAACAGCGUCGCCGCUAACGCUGCCGCCGCCAACGCUGCCGCUGCUAAUGCCGCUGCCACCAAAGCCGUUGCCGCCACCAAUAUCGCCGCCAACGUCGCUGCUACCAACGCCAUCGCUGACGCCAACGCUCGUACUUCUGCAGCUAACGCCGCCGCCAACGCUGUUUCUGUUCAAGCUAACGCCGCCGCCAGCGCUCGUGCUAUUGCAGCUAACACUCUGGCUGCCCAAAUCGGUGCAGCUAACGCCCUCGCAGCCCACGCCUACGCCGCUCCUGUGGCUGUUGCCGCCCCCGUUAUUGCCGCUCCCGCUCUGGCUGGCGGUUACCUUGGCGGUUCGGCCUACGCCGCUCACGCUAUUGCCGCCGGUCUUGGACAUGGACUCGGCGGCAUCACCGUCGGUGGUUAUGGUAAAGGCUGGUAAAGAAUGGAACGUUGGACUUCUCGGUGACAACAUCUGCCUCGAUUAUGUAGGAUAGCUUGUAUAUUUUUGUAAUUAUUUAUUAUAUUUUUAAAUUAUUGUGAAUAAAUUAUACGUAAUUUUCAUAUUA